AUGUGCGACUAUUUUUCAAAACAAGUGAGACAUCGAAAAGAAAAAUUAAUGUACGCACGGACUUAUGAUGCAAUUUACUCGUUAGCUGUACCUGAGGUAUUUUGUGCGGUAUUAGUUCGUGUUGGAAACGUUGGAGACGGCGGCAAAUGGGUUUGUAAUCCAUUUAAAGCAGGCACGACAGUUUGCAACAUUUUCUCGUUAGGUGUCAACAAUGAUAUAAGUUUUGAAAAAGAAAUAUGGCAGUUGAGCGGAAGGCAAUGUAAUCUCUUUUGUUUCGAUAAGGUUAAACAAAACAAAAACAUAUAUGACCAACUGAAAAAUCUGAAUGCAACUUUCAAAUUGGCUCAGAUUGAUAGUGUUACUCGUAAGACAUUUAAUAAAUAUAGUAUUCAAUAUCUCAUGAGAUUUUAUAAUAUAUCGGCAAUCGAAAUUUUCAAAAUCGAUAUCGAAGAUCAAAUAUUUUGUCAAGUUCUUAUUGAAAUCCAUGGAACUCCCAAAAAGCAAUAUUUCCUUCUUAAAUUACUUUCGAGACACGGCUAUUAUUUAUUCUCCUAUGAAGUAAACGGAUAUACCGAAAAACUAUGCGAGUACAGUUUUAUUCAUGAAUCGUGCAUACAGAAAUAUUCAGUCAAAAAAAUCGCAAAAUAUCUUUCAUGA